GUCCGUUAGUCCUCUGAGCUCCACAAAAUCUGGUCUUAGUUAUCGGUACUCAACAAAGUACUGUUAGUCCUUGAUAUUCCACAAAAUCUGACCUUAGUCAUCGGUACUAACAAAGUCCCAUUAGUCCUCUGAGCUCCACAAAAUCUGGCCUUAGUCAUCGGUACUCAACAAAGUCCCGUUAGUCCUCUGAGCUCCACAAAAUCUGGCCUUAGUCAUCGGUACUAACAAAGUCCCGUUAGUCCUCUGAGCUCCACAAAAUCUGGCCUUAGUCAUCGGUACUAACAAAGUCCCGUUAGUCCUCUGAGCUCCACAAAAUCUGGCCUUAGUCAUCGGUACUCAACAAAGUCCCGUUAGUCCUCUGAGCUCCACAAAAUCCGGCCUUAGGCAUCAAUACUCAACAAAGUCCUGAUAGUCCUCUGAGCUCCACAAAGUCCUGUUCGUAUUCAUAAAGGUAAUUGCCCCCUAAACCUAAUAACUGGUAGAACCGCCCUUAGCACCAACAACUGCAGUCAAGUGUUUGUGAUAACUGGCAGUGAGUCUUUCGCAUCACUGGAGGAAUUUUGGCCGACUCUUCUUUGCAGAAUUGUUUUAAAUCAGCCACACUGAAGGGUUUCUGAGCAUGAACUGCCUUUUUAAGGUCAUGCCACAACAUCUCAACUGGGUUCAUGUCUAGACUUUGACUAGGCCUGGAUUUGUUGAUGUGGUUUGGAUCAUUGUCCUGCUGCAGAACCUGAGUGUGCUUCAGUUUGAGGUCAUGAACUGAUGGCCGGACAUUCUCCUUCAGGAUUUGUUGGUGGAGCAGAGUUCAUGGUUCCUUCAAUCACAGUGUCAUCCAGAUCCUGAAGCAACAAAGCCCCAAACCAUGACCCUACGUCAAGUUCCACUGUUGGCAUCAUGCUCUUUUUAUCAAAUGCUGUGUUCAUUUUAUGCCAGAUGUAAUGGAAUGCACUCAUUCCAAAAAGUUCAACUGUUGUUUCAUCACUUCACAGAAUAUUUUCCCAAAAGUUUUGGGGAUCAUCAAGAACCUUCUCCUCAGAACUCUGCCAUUUUUGCCUUGUCUCUUUUUUAUGGUUGAGCACUGAGCUUUACAGAGGUGAGUGAGGCCUGCAUUUGUUUAGAUGUUGUUCUGCGUCCUUUGUGACCUAUUGCGUUAUUGCAUCAGUCAUCGCUCUUGGGGUAAUUUUUGUAGGUCAGCCACUCCUGGGAAGGUUCACCCCUGUGCCAUGCUUUCUCCAUUUGUGGUUAAUGGCUCUUACUGUGGUUCACUGGAGUCCCAAAGAUUUAGAAAUGGCUUUGUAACUUUUUCCAGACUGACAUGUCAAUGACUUUUCUUCUGAUCUGCUCCUGAAUUUCUUUGGAUCACAGCAUGAUGUCUUAGGCUCAGUGUGGUUCAGGUUCUAUUUAAGUGAUCUCUUGAUUUAAAAGUCUGGCAGCAUCAUGUCUGGGUGUGAAUAUGAAACUGAACACAGCUUUCCACAAUAAUAUGAUUAAUCACAAUUAAUUGGGUUAACUUUGUUUAAUAUUUAAAUUUGUUUGAUCUGAAACAACCUUGGACUUGGACUUGGUUUCCAAGUCAAAAUUAUAAAUUCACACUUCUAAAAACUAGGCCUAUAUAUGCUGUAUUACACACACAGCCUGGAACCGAAAUAAACUUUCUGCUCUAUUAUUUUUAAAACAACAGCAAAAUUUGUAGCACAGACAAUUGCUGUUUAGGUUAAUUAAGUCUUCUAACAAUCACAAAUUGGUUCAUGUCUGACCAGUUUUCGUCUGCCGCCAUAUUGUGUCCAGUCGGGAAUGUUUCUCAACAAAAUAUGAAUUAACUGCCCAAUAAAUAGAUGAGUCAAAUUUUUUACUGUCAGCCAUUGUUGCAGGCUGAAUAAAAUAUAACAAGUGAAGUUAUACAAACAGGAAAAUUUUAAAAAGUGAAUUUACUUCAGUUGCAGUGAGCAUUACAUAAUGGCUAAUUUGCAAUUAGCAUUUGUGAUUGGUAUGAAGGUAAAAUUAAACUGAAUUGUUGAAGUGUCAAGUGUAACAUAUCUUAAGCAUCUGAAACUUUCUAUGUGUUUGUUAACAGUCCUGCUGUAAAUACUGUCUUAAGUUAACCAGCUCUGACGUUACACAUUUUCCUGAGAAACGGGGUCCCCACACCACCUAUGUGCCCCUCCCCCACACCACGGCCUGAAGUUAAUGGAGUAAUCUUUUUUGUUUUAACUUUCCCGUUUUAAAGAUCUGAAACUAUUACAUUUCUUAUCUACUGCCAAUGAGAAAGUAUAUAUAUAUAUAUAUAUAUAUUUCUCAACUAAAGUCAAAUAAAAAUUAAACACAUUUUCCUGACACACAGGGCCCCACAAAACCUCUGCCCAUCCCCCACUCCACUUGCUCCCAAGGCGAAGGUUACGCACACAACAAAUUCAAAAAUAUUUUUAAUUUUUUUAAUUUUUACAUUUUACACAUCUGAAAGCACUUAUUUUCUAAGCAUGCUCCACUGAGAAAAUAUUAGAGUUAAAUAAAUAAUUUCAAACUAAAAACAAACAUGCCCCUCCCCCACACCACGGCCUGAAGUUAAUGGAGUAAUCUUUUUAGUUUUAACUUUCCCUUUUUAAAGAUCUGAAACUAUUACAUUUCUUAUCUACUGUCAAUGAGAAAGUAAAAAAUAAAAUAAAAAAUCCCAACUAAAGUCAAAUAAAAAUUAAACACAUUUUCCUGACACACAGGGCCCCACACCACCUGCGCCUGAAACAUUCUGUGUUUGUUAAUAGUCCUGCUCUAAAAAUGAAGUUAACCAGCUCUGAUGUCACACACACAUUUUCCUGAGAAACGAGGUCCCCAUACCACCUAUGUGCCCCUCCCCCACACAAUGUGCUCACUGAGCCAAAUGAACAGGCUAAUUCUUAAAAUAUUUAUUUAUUUAUUUAUUUAUUUCAUCUUUUAAAGAUCUGACCUAAUUUAAUGUAUUUGCUAACUGAAAUGAGAAAGCUUUGAUAAAAACAUAAGAGAAUUCAAAAAUAAACACAUUUUCCUGACACACAGGGCCCCACAAAACCUCUGCCCAUCCCCCACUCCACUUGCUCUCAAGGCGAAGGUUACGCACACAACUAAUUCUAAAAAUAUUUUUAAUCUUUUUAAAUUUUUUUUUAUUUUUACAUUUUAAACCUCUGAAAGCACUUAUUUUCUAAGCAUGCUCCACUGAGAAAAUAUUAGAGUUAAAUAAAUAAUUUCAAACUAAACAUGCCCCUCCCCCACACCACGGCCUGAAGUUAAUGGAGUAAUCUUUUUAGUUUUAACUUUCCCUUUUUAAAGAUCUGAAACUAUUACAUUUCUUAUCUACUGUCAAUGAGAAAGUAAAAAAUAAAAUAAAAAAUCCCAACUAAAGUCAAAUAAAAAUUAAACACAUUUUCCUGACACACAGGGCCCCACACCACCUGCGCCUGAAACAUUCUGUGUUUGUUAAUAGUCCUGCUCUAAAUAUGAAGUUAACCAGCUCUGAUGUCACACACACAUUUUCCUGAGAAACGAGGUCCCCAUACCACCUAUGUGCCCCUCCCCCACACAAUGUGCUCACUGAGCAAAAUGAACAGGCUAAUUCUUAAAAUAUGUAUUUUACAUUUCUUUCUUUCAUCUUUUAAAGAUCUGACCUAAUUUAAUGUAUUUGCUAACUGAAAUCAGAAAGCUUUGAUAAAAACAUAAGAGAAUUCAAGAAUAAACACAUUUUCCUGCCCAUCCCCCACUCCACUUACUCUCAAGGCGAAGGUUACGCACACAACAAAUUCUAAGAAUAUUUUUAAGCUUUUUAAUUUUUUUUUAUUUUUACAUUUUAAACAUCUGAAAGCACUUAUUUUCUAAGCUUGCUCCAAUGAGAAAAUGUUAAAGUUAAAUAAAUAAUUUCAAACUAAAAACAAAUGUGCCCCUCCCCCACACCACGGCCUGAAGUUAAUGGAGUAAUCUUUUUUGUUUUAACUUUCCCUUUUUAAAGAUCUGAAACUAUUAAAUUUCUUAUCUACUGUCAAUGAGAAAGUAAAAAAUAAAAUAAAAAAUCCCAACUAAAGUCAAAUAAAAAUGAAACACAUUUUCCUGACACACAGGGCCCCACACCACCUGCGCCUGAAACAUUCUGUGUUUGUUAAUAGUCCUGCUCUAAAUAUGAAGUUAACCAGCUCUGAUGUCACACACACAUUUUCCUGAGAAACAAGGUCCCCAUACCACCUAUGUGCCCCUCCCCCACACAAUGUGCUCACUGAGCAAAAUGAACAGGCUAAUUCUUAAAAUUUAUUUAUUUAAUCUUUUAAAGAUCUGACCUAAUGCAAUGUAUUUGCUAAUGGAAUCGAGAAAGCAUUAAUAAAAUGUGUAUUUAAAAAAUAAAGAAACGUUCUGUGCUCUAAAUAUUAAGUUAACAAGCCCUGAUGUUACACAUUUUCCUGAGAAAGGGGCCCCACACCACCUAUGUGCCCCUCCCCCACACAAUGUGCUCACGUGAAGUUAACGGGCAAAUUCUAAGAUCUUAUUUGUCUUUAUUUAUUUAUUUAUUUAACGUUUAAAAUCUGAUGUAUUUGCUAAUGGAAACGAGAAAGCAUUAAUAAAAAGUUAAUUCCAAAAAUAAAGAAACACAUUUUCCUGACACACGGGCCCCACACCACCUAUGUGCCCCUCCCCCACACCGUGCGCUCAGAGUCACGUACAGCAGCAGCCAGAGCACGCACAGACCACGCACAGAUGAGCAGAGGAAACACAUGGCAGAAGCAUCGGACAGAAGCCACCGAAAUAACACAAAGGAGUCAUCUUCAGUCCUCAGGCUAAAGGCCCGUAUGAAGCGCUUGAGGAGUCAUCAUAAAAAAUGCCUUUCAAGGUGUAUCGAUUCUAUGGAGCACGUGGCACAGGUUAAAAAGAAGACUUCAAAAACGACUAAAACCCGUAAAGCAGCCAAAAUGGAAAUGUCUGAACCAGCUCUGACAGCACCUGAGGUGAAACAGAGUAAAGAUGAUGAAGAACAUUCACUCAAUGUGGACACUGACCACUCGGCUCUUCUACUCUUGGACACGUCUGUUAAAAAGAAGACUUCAAAAACGACUAAAACCUGUAAAGCAGCCAAAAUGGAAAUGUCUGAACCAGCUCUGACAGCACCUGAGGUGAAACAGAGUAAAGAUGAUGAAGAACAUUCACUCAAUGUGGACACUGACCACUCGGCUCUUCUACUUUUGGACACGUCUGUUAAAAAGAAGACUUCAAAAACGACUAAAACCCAUAAAGCAGCAGAGCAGUCCAAAAUGGAAAACCCUGAACCAGCUCUGAUGGCACCUGAGGUGGACCAGUGGUGUCAUAAUAAAACAUUUUUGUGGGUAAUGCAUUUUUCCUCAGUUUUUCCUGUUUUGUGCUUUCAGGUUAAAAAGAAGACUUCAAAAACGACUAAAACUCGUAAAGCAGCCAAAAUGGAAAUGUCUGAACCAGCUCUGACAGCACCUGAGGUGAAACAGAGUAAAGAUGAUGAAGAACAUUCACUCAAUGUGGACACUGACCACUCGGCUCUUCUACUCUUGAACACGUCUGUUAAAAAGAAGACUUCAAAAACGACUAAAACCUGUAAAGCAGCCAAAAUGGAAAUGUCUGAACCAGCUCUGACAGCACCUGAGGUGAAACAGAAUGACCAACAGCCUCAAGAAACGCCACUAUCUAUGACUGCUGCUGGACAUGCUGCUGGACAUGCUGCUGGACAUGCUGCUGGACAUGCUGCUGGACAUGCUGCUGGACAUGCUGCUGGACAUGCUCCACCUUUGGACAGAACUGACAGUGUUUUUCUUUUGCAAGAGUACUUCGACUUGGACAAAAUGGUUCCCGAAUCAGAAGAUGAAUCUUCACUCAGCCUCACCAUGAGCAGUGGCUCUAAAUACAGCCCAUCAGCCAGCUCUUCAUACCAAGGAUCCAUAGAGGAAUCCAGUCAAGUGUCUGACAGCAUUUUCAACGAAGCAAUGAAGAGUAAUCAAGUUCAAAGGAAAAAGUACAGAAAAAGGAAAAAUACAAAUGUCUCUACCAAAGAUUCUUCACAAAGUGAUGAGAGUGAAGCCCAAGGUGAGCCAGUGAAGAAGACCAGUGUUUCAUUAAUGAAGUUGCAGAAAAAGAAAGAUGGAGCACGAGUUUACAGCAAGAGACACUUCUGUUUUUUUUGUUCUGCAAUGUGCCAUAAAAUGUCAAGACAUUUGAUCCAGAAACAUAGUCACGAAAGGGAUGUAGUUAGGGCAUUGUCCUUUCCGCUCAAGUCAAAAGAACGUAAACUACGUUUUGAUAUAAUACGAAAUAGAGGAGAUCGGGCUCAUAAUCUACAAGUUCUCAAAGUUGGAAGUGGAAUGUUAGUUCCAAGUAAACAGACAGACUUGAGUGUAGAAGCAAGUGAGUAUUUGCACUGUAUAAACUGUGCGGCUUUAUUAAAACCAAAAUCAUUGUGGAGGCACGUGUCUAGGUGCAGACUGUCACACAAAAAUUAUUUUUCAAAACCAGGCAAAAGCCGGAUCCAGUCAGUUUGUGCGUUUUCACAGCCUGCUCCAGAGGGGUUACACAAAAAAGUCUGGGAACUUGUCAACUGCAUGCACCAAGAUGAGGUCACAGUCAGGCAGGUGGCUGGCUUUAAUGAAGAAACCAAUGUGUACAAGACGCCAUCUUUGGCAUUGAAACUUGGCCAUAGUCUGAAAAAGAUUGCAGACAUACUUGAAUGUAAUGCCAAAAUGAAUACGUGUGUGAAUGAAACAUUUCUGAAAGAUCUUGAAUGA